AUGUCUGGAACAUUUAGUUAUGAUGCGAAAACUAAAGAGAACGAGUCAUUAUUUGAGUUUAAUUCUGCUUAUUCUCCCAGAGUAUCAUAUCACUUUAAUUCCAAAGUCUCACAUUACCAUUAUGGUGUAAAGCAUCCAAUGAAACCAUUUCGGUUAAUGCUAACGGACCACUUGGUUUCUUCUUAUGGAUUGCACAAGAUUAUGGACCUUUACGAAACAAGAAGCGCAACCAGAGACGAAUUACUACAGUUUCACUCAGAAGACUAUGUCAAUUUUCUUUCCAAGGUUUCACCAGAAAAUGCAAACAAAUUGCCUAGAGGCACGCUAGAAAACUUCAACAUUGGAGACGACUGUCCUAUUUUUCAAAAUUUAUACGAUUAUACAACCUUAUACACUGGUGCGAGCCUUGACGCCACCAGGAAACUAAUUAAUAAUCAAUCUGACAUAGCAAUAAAUUGGUCUGGUGGUCUUCAUCAUGCAAAGAAGAACAGCCCAUCUGGGUUUUGCUACGUGAAUGAUAUUGUGCUUUCUAUUUUAAAUUUACUACGAUAUCACCCAAGAAUCCUUUAUAUCGAUAUCGAUCUACAUCACGGCGAUGGUGUCCAGGAGGCAUUUUAUACCACAGAUAGGGUCUUCACGUUGUCAUUUCAUAAAUACAACGGAGAAUUUUUCCCAGGAACCGGUGAUCUGACAGAAAUUGGUUGCGAUAAAGGAAAGCAUUUCGCAUUAAAUGUACCGCUAGAAGAUGGCAUAGAUGACGAUUCAUAUAUAAAUCUUUUCAAGUCAAUUGUGGACCCCCUAAUAAUGACCUUCAAACCAACACUUAUUGUACAACAAUGCGGUGCGGACUCCUUAGGCCAUGAUCGCUUAGGAUGCUUCAAUUUAAAUAUAAAGGCGCAUGGGGAAUGCGUUAAGUUUGUUAAAUCAUUUGGUCUACCAAUGCUAGUAGUAGGCGGUGGAGGUUAUACACCUAGAAAUGUCUCGCGGCUUUGGACCUACGAAACAGGAAUUUUAAAUGAUGUCUUGCUACCAGAGGACAUCCCCGAAGAUAUCCCAUUCCGGGACUCAUUUGGGCCGGAUUAUUCACUUUAUCCUGUAUUAGACGACUUAUACGAAAAUAAAAACAGUAAAAAACUUUUGGAAGACAUUAGAAUACGAUGCCUAGAAAAUAUCAGAUACUUGCAAGGUGCUCCAAGUGUCAGAAUGGAUGCUGAAUGCAUACCGACGCAAGAUAUAAGUGCUCUAACAGAAGAAGAAGAUAAAAUCAUUCAAGAGAUGAAUGAAGAAACCGAAGCUGACAGUUCUGCCAGAUUAGAGAAAAUCGAAAAGGAAAACAGUGGAUUGAUCACCUUUUCAUAG